AUGAUCGACCUCCUCCUCCUCCAGCCCGACAAGGGCGGCAACCCUCAACUUGUCAAGGAUUCGCAAAAGAAGCGAAACGCUUCUGAAGAGCUCGUCGACCAAGUCCUCAACCUCUACAAGAACUGGGUUUCCCUCCAAAAGGACCUCGACAUUGCCCGUCGCGAUGUCAACGCUGUCCAGGCCGAGAUCACCAAGCUCCGUAAAGCCAAGGAGAACGCAGAUGAACAGAUGACAAAGAAGAAGGAGCUCGACGCCAAAGUCAACGAGCUCAAGCCCACCGUCGUCCAAGCCGAACAGGAGAUGAAGACCAAAGCCAUGCAGAUUGGCAACAUUGUCGGUGACAAGGUUCCCAUCUCCAACACUGAAGAUGACAACGCCGAGAUCCGCAAAUGGCACCCUGAUGGUCCCAAUGCACAGGUCGAGAAGAAGGAGGGUAUUCUCAGCCACCACGAAGUCAUGUACCGUCUCGAAUUGUUCGACACGGAGCGUGGUACUAAGAUCUCGGGUCACCGUGGAUUCUUCCUUACCGGAGACGGUGUUGAUCUCAACCAGGCCUUGAUCAACUACGGUCUCGACUUCCUCCGUAAGAAGAACUACAAAAAGAUCAUGACCCCCUUCAUGAUGCGUAAGGAGGUGAUGGCCAAGACUGCCCAACUGGACCAGUUCGACGAAGAGCUCUACAAAGUCACUGGUGACGAAGACGACAAGUACCUCAUCGCCACCUCCGAACAGCCCAUCUCCGCCCUGCACUCCGAUGAAGUCUUCACCGAGCCUGCCAAGCAACUUCCCAUCCGUUACGCCGGUUACUCCACCUGCUUCCGCAAAGAAGCUGGCUCGCACGGCAAAGACACCUGGGGAAUCUUCCGUGUCCACCAAUUCGAAAAGAUCGAACAAUUCUGCAUUACCGACCCCGCCUCUUCCUGGGACAUGCUCGAACAGAUGCUUACCAACUCGGAAGAGUUUUACCAAUCCCUCCAACUUCCUUACCACGUCGUUGCCAUUGUCAGUGGUGCGUUGAACAAUGCCGCUGCGAUGAAGUAUGAUUUGGAAGCAUGGUUCCCGUUCCAAGGAGAGUACAAGGAGUUGGUUUCGUGCUCUAACUGCACAGACUACCAGUCGAGACGUUUGGAUGUGAGGUGCGGAUUUAAGAAGCCCGGUGAUACCAAGCAGACGUUUGUUCAUAUGUUGAACGGUACACUUUGUGCGACCGAGCGGGCGUUGUGCUGUGUGGUAGAGAACUGGCAGACACCGGAAGGGUUGAAGAUCCCCCCUCCUUUGCAGCCGUACAUGGGCGGAAGGGAUUUCUUGCCUUGGGUACGGGAAUUGCCUAAGAACACUACUAGCCAGAAGAAGAAGUAA